GACAGUCUUGUCCGAUGCACAAGGGCGGGGUUCUCGGUCGGUGGAACUGAAUUACCGGCCGAAGAAAACUUACCCUUGUUGAGCCUUGAGGUGUGGGAAUGCGCUGGACACUGCCUGUGAAAAUAGGAGCCCAAUAGACAUAUCUGAGAAUGUCUUAACGUUUUGUGGCUAGUUCCAGGAUAUAGAAUUGGACUCUUGUUUGACUCGAAAUAAAUAAUUAUUUUUCCUUCUCAGAAUGAAGUGACACCACAUCACAUUUCAGUAACUGGGAUCUGUGAUCUGAAAUCUUUACAACCAGAUUUUUUUCUCUACACCGGAAAACAUAGGAUUUGAUUUUGAUAAGGGUGGGAGGCGUGGGGUGGGGUUGGGAGCAUGGCUGAACCACGCCAUGAGAGCACCAGCAGCCUGCAGAGGAAGAAGCCUCCAUGGCUCAGACUGGACAUUCCCACUGCUCAGGUGUCCCUGGAUGAGCCACCCACCUUCGUCCAGCCGGUGAAGCGCCAGGGUUUCCUCCGCAGUAUCAGCAUGCCAGUGGAGCCCUCCCAUCUCCGGUCCCCGCCUCGCGACCUCUUUGACCCCCGCCGGCCGCCCCUGCUACGCCAGUCCUCCAUCACACAAACCAUCAAGAGCAGCAGGAGGGUGCACUUUGAGCGGAUUAACACAGUGCCCGUUAAGGGUCAGCGGGCAUCUCGCCGUGGCCCCAGGAAGCAUCACUCUCUCUCCAGAACCCUGCUCAGGGGCACAGCGGACUGGUUCGGGGUCAGUAAGGACGGCGAUGCCACCCAGAAAUGGCAGAGGAAGAGUCUGCGUCAUUGCAGCAUGCGCUAUGGCCGUCUGAAGCCCCAGGUGAUCCGGGAGAUGGACCUGUCCAGUCAGGACAACAUCUCUCUGACCAGCACCGAGACGCCCCCGCCCCUCUACGUACCCUCCUCAUCACACGCCUUUGGCAUGCAGAAGAUCGUGGACCCAUUGGCGAGGGGGCGUGCGUUCCGUAUGGUGGAGGAGGUGGACGGUUACAGCGUGCCCCAGACCCCCGUCACCCCCGGCGCUGCCUCCCUCUGCUCCUUCACCUCCUCCCGCUCAGGCCUCAACCGGCUGCCGCGACGACGCAAGAGGGAGUCUGUCGCCAAGAUGAGCUUCAGGGCAGCAGCAGCUCUGGUUAAGGGGCGCUCCCUGCGGGAAAACGCCACCCUGCGGCGGAUGCAGAGACGCAGCUUCACCCCUGCCAGCUUCAUGGAGGAGGACGUGGUGGACUUACCUGAUGAGCUGGACACAUCCUUCUUCGCCAGAGACUGUCUGAUGCAGGAAGAGUUGUCCACAUACGCUGACGAGGUGUUUGAGUCUCCGUCGGAGGCGGCUAUGAUGGAUGUGGUGCAGGAGGAGGGGAGUAAACUGGACGAGACGGAGCUGACCGGCAGCGCUCUGGACAAGAGUGAACUGGAGAGGAGCCAUCUCAUGCUGCCUCUGGAGCGAGGGUGGCGUAAGGCCAAAGAGGGAACCCCAGGACCGCCCAAGGUGCCCUUGCGGCAGGAGGUGGUGAGUGUGAACGGACAGCGACGGGGUCAGCGCAUCGUUGUGCCCGUCAAGAAGCUGUUCGCUCGGGAGAAGAGGCCCUACGGGCUGGGCAUGGUGGGGAAGCUCACCAACCGCACCUACCGCAAGCGCAUCGACAGCUAUGUGAAGAGGCAGAUAGAGGACAUGGAUGACCAUAGGCCUUUCUUUACGUACUGGAUCACUGUUGUCCACCUGCUGAUCACCAUCCUGGCUGUCUGCAUCUAUGGCAUCGCCCCCGUGGGCUUCUCCCAGCACGAGACGGUUGAUUCUGUUCUAAGGAACAAAGGUGUAUAUGAAAAUGUCAAGUUUGUACAACAAGAGAACUUCUGGGUCGGGCCCAGUUCAGAGGCUCUGAUCCACCUGGGGGCCAAGUACUCUCCCUGCAUGCGUCAGGACCAGCAGGUGCACGACCUGAUCCGGGACAAGAGAGACAUAGAGAGAGACUCUGCCUGCUGUGUACGCAACGACCGCUCCGGCUGUCUACAGACCUCAGAGGAGGAGUGUUCGGUGAGUCGUGAAUCCCUCUCCGUCUCUCUCACUCACUCUCUCCACCUCACUCUUUUGUACUCUACCUCCACGAGAGAUCUAUUCAGGGGUCAAUAUUUUUACCUUUCCAUCUUUGUUUUGUCUCAGAGUACUCUGGCCGUGUGGGUGAAGUGGCCUGGUCAUCCCAGCACCCCUCAGCUGGAGGGCAGAGACAGGCAGUACGGCUCAGUGUGCCAUCAGGACCCCCGGAUUUGUCUAGAGCCAGCAUCGGUGGCACCGCAUGAAUGGCCUGAUGACAUCACCAAGUGGCCAGUUUGCACCAGGUACAACACAGGGAACCACACCAACCUGCCUCACAUAGACUGCACCAUCACAGGCCGGCCCUGCUGCAUCGGCACAAAAGGGAGGUGUGAGAUCACUUCCAGGGAGUAUUGUGACUUCAUGAAGGGCUACUUCCACGAGGAGGCUACUCUCUGCUCCCAAGUUCACUGCAUGGAUGAUGUGUGUGGCCUGCUGCCUUUCCUCAACCCAGAGAUCCCAGACCAGUUCUACAGACUGUGGCUCUCUCUCUUCCUGCACGCUGGGAUCCUUCACUGCAUGGUGUCAGUGUGCUUCCAGAUGACCAUCCUGAGAGACCUGGAGAAGCUGGCAGGCUGGCUAAGGAUCUCCAUCAUAUACAUCCUGUCUGGCAUCACCGGAAACCUAGCCAGCGCCAUCUUCCUGCCCUACAGAGCAGAGGUGGGUCCGGCAGGCUCCCAGUUUGGCAUCCUGGCCUGCCUGUUUGUGGAGCUGUUCCAGAGCUGGCAGAUCCUGGCCCAGCCGUGGCGGGCAUUCAUCAAGCUGCUGUGUGUGGUGCUUUUCCUCUUCGCCUUUGGCCUGCUGCCCUGGAUCGACAACUUUGCCCACAUCUUUGGCUUCAUCUCUGGCUUCUUCUUGUCCUUCGCCUUCCUGCCCUACAUCAGCUUCGGACGCAUGGACAUGUACCGCAAACGGCUGCAGAUCAUCGUCUUCCUGGUGGUGUUCUUGGGGCUGUUCGCCGGCCUCGUGGUGCUUUUCUAUGUCUACCCCAUCAAGUGUGACUGGUGUGAACUGCUCACCUGCAUCCCCUUCACAGACAAGUUCUGUGAGAAGUAUGACCUCAACGCCCACCUCCACUGAGGAGACGGAAGGUAGCGCCGGAGGAGGGACGUCAGGUCAAGAGGCAUCGAUUGGCAGGUGUUAUCAAUCAAUCCUUGUCUCUGUUCUGCCCUAUAGUGUGGCUAAAGAGGAGGGGAGGGUCCUGUGUGGCGUUCCCUCUCCUCUGGCUCUGUGAACUGAACUUUGAUGACAAUAUGCUUGUGUUUUUUACUCGGUCUGUCUGUAUGAAUAAGUAGGAAUGCCACUGCACUCGUCAUGAGACAUUAAUCACAUUCUUUUCACCCCCCCCCCCACACACACCAUUUUCUCUCCUCCACUGACCAAUGAGAGAAGGGUAUGGUCUAACCCCUUAUCUAAGCCCCUCCCACAUUUCUCUCUCUUCACGUAUAAGGCAGAGUUUGGAGGAGUCAUCACUGGUACAAUAGACAGAAGGAAAUAUUUCUGUAUUUUUUCAAUUUGUUAUUUUUUUUAUUUUAUUUUCAUGUUUUUAACACUCACAAUCCAGGAGUAGGUUUUGUAAUUAUUCAGGCAACCUCUCAAAACAACCAGGGACAAACAAAUCAGACAUUAAUACCUUUGGUGCCUUGCUGAUAAAUGUACCAACUACUGCCAUAUUUUUGUUACAAUACGUUGAGCACUCGAAUGCUAUCCUUUUUAUUGGUUUGUUGCUUCUUAAGAAGUAAUGAUUGAUUGAAACAAGGUAGUGUUUUAGCUACCUAUCUACUCAUAUGUAACUGAAUAGAACAAGUAAAAAAAAACUUGAAAAGAAA